UAUCGUCAGUAGGUUCGGUGGCUAUUCCAGAGGAAUGUAAUCCCUCGGAGUUACAAAAGUACGUUUAAAAUUUGGCGAAGUCGCGUAAAUUUAAAAGGAGAUUUGAAACUUCACAACAACUUGGACCUUUUCGGAGCUGUUUAUACGCUGUUGCAGAGCUGUUAUGAACAACACAACUUGUUACGAAAAUAUUUCCCCAUAUAAUGAGUCCUGGUGUCCAGUUAUUUUCGAUAACUACCUCUGCUGGCCUGCUACACCUCCUGGGCAAAACGCUACACUGCCCUGUCCGUACGUGAAAGGAGUAAUUGAUGGAGGUGUAGCGUACAGACUUUGCAGGGAUGAUGGAAACUGGGAAGGUGAAGAUAGAGAGAAAGGUUACACACAUUACGAAAGAUGUUUACCAUCUCAAUUAAUCGAUAUUAUGAAAAUGUGCGACCAAAUCAAAGAGUGUCCGCAGAUCAUAAGAACAACAAGGACAAUUGAGAUGGUUGGAUUAUCCUUUUCUUUAGUGUCACUGAUCAUCUCGCUUUUGAUAUUUUUCCAAUACAGGGUUUUAAAAAAUAAUCGAACAACGAUUCAUAAGAAUCUGUUUUUCGCUACGCUCUUGCAGGUGAUUUUUCGUUUGAUUAAAUAUGUCGAUCAGGAGCUUAAUGAUAAAGAUAGAAUAAUCGAACAUACGCCUGGACUUGACAAAACCUGCACAGCUCUUCUGGAAUAUGCGAAAACAGCAAUGUUCAUGUGGAUGUUCAUUGAAGGACUUUAUCUUCACAAUAUGAUUACUGUUACGGUGUUUCAAGCAGAUACCUACAUUAAAUUAUAUUUUUACAUAGGAUGGACUGUCCCAGCAAGCCUCACAGCGGCGUGGGUAUCUACAAUGAUCGUGUUUAAAAGCAGUUGGGGAUUUUACUACUUUCUACCAUACUAUUGGAUUCUGGAAGGUCCACGCUCAACAAUAAUAGUGGUCAAUCUGCUCUUCUUGAUAAACAUCAUUAGAGUAUUAGUUGUGAAAUUACGAGAAAGUCGUACUAGCGAAAUUGAACAAGUGAGAAAAGCAGUGCGCGCUGCAAUAUUCCUUUUGCCACUAAUGGGAAUUGCCAAUGUUUUCUUCUGGGUAGAUUAUCGAUUUACGGAAGCAUGGAAACUUGCAUUAUGGUCAUAUUCCAACUACUUUCUCAGCUCUUUCCAGGGUUUCUUUGUUGCCAUAUUGUAUUGUUUUCUCAACGGAGAAGUACAAACUGCUGUUAAGAACAGUUUUUACUUACAUAUGUCACUGAGAAACCACGACUACACUCCUUGCAGAAAUUUAACCGUGGUAUCGACUGCUCCUGAGUCAGAACCCUCAAAUGAAAAAGACAGUUCAAACUGGAUCCGCCACUGUCUAAAUCAGAUCAAGAAAUCCCCAGAUGAUAAGGACAUCAACGUAUGUGAUUUGAAUGGUCGUCGCAAUUCCGCCAUUGUUACUGCUUUAACGAUGGUGGAAACGAAGCCGUUUACAAGGUUUGUUUGUGCUACACUGGCUUUUUCUAACCUUGUCACUUUCAACACAGAACAGCCUUUUGCAAUUUUUUAUUACAGGGAUGCUGCAGAUAAUUUUGCAAGACUAUCGCACGACGACACAGAUACGACGAUAGUAGGAGACUUAAGUUCAGAACGAAUGUUGGAUCAUACCGAAACAACAAAAUACGCGUUCAUGAAUGAAGCUCCACUUUCCAAGUUGCAGCUGAAAUCUCAGUAAGAUCAUUCGAUUUCGAUGAAUUAGAGGUUUUUGGUUGAAUACAAGAUAUCGCAAGAUAUGGAGACUCCCAGAUGUUUUGUUAGGUAUUAUGCAGCGAAAGUUAAUGCAUAUAUUUAGACCUUUGUUGUUUCAAGAAAUAUUAUGUAUCUGAAAUUUUGUGUACUGUAGCAAACAUUGUAGUAAGUACCUGGUUUUAUGUAACAUACGUAAAUAUAUUAUGCUACCUGAUCGUU